CAUUUAUCACCAAUAACUCCCCACAUUGCAUGGCGACCAUGCCAGGAUUCGUGAAUUAGUACUCGGUACCCCCACAUUGCAUGGCGACCCUGCCAGUGCUGCCUUGUGGCAGUGCUGCGCAUUGGGAACAUGAUAAUAAUUUUGUGAUUUGUGAAAACAAAAAAAAAAAUGUGAGGCGAAAUAAUCGCAAAGUCAACGCUGACGGGGAGCAGUUUCUACGCAGUACGCAAAACUAGUAUCCGGGAUGGAUCUGCUCUUAAUCCAUCCACAUUCAAACCCCCAGGGUUUGUGUACUGAGGCUGAUGAACCACCAGAAGGAAUAUUGUGAAGAAGGUCCGAAAUACCUUCGUCACCAAGCAGAAGAUACGUUAUGUGAUCUUUCACAUGACCAGGCAGACUCCCAAAUGAUGAGAAGGAUUUGAAGACGGUGUGAGUGUGAGUGAUAAAAUAGUGUCAGUGAAUAAUGUGAGUGUUUCAAAGGUUUAAAGCCUAUUAUAAUGCCGCGGACAUUUUUGGUAUUUUUUUUAAUAUAAUUAGGUACGUUUAAGGGUUUUUAUUUUUAAAGGGAUAAAAUAAAAUAAUUUUGUUAUAGUUAAUAAAGCAUAUUGGAAAGGAAUUUUAUAACAUACCAGUCCAGUGCCAUACGCGGUCGAGUACGGACGCGUUUGCGCUGCACUGUAUGAAUUUUAAAUUCGCGAAUUGCGCGGCUAUAGCCGCUGCCCGGUUUUCGCUAUGAGUGCACAAACGCUCAUAGCCAACGAAGUGUUGGCAUUUAUUAAACAUGCCAUCGACUACAUGGACGAGGUUAGCAUCUUGCAGAUCUGCAAAACCUCGUUCAAGGAAGAUGAAAUUAGCAGUGCUAAAUUGCUGCUUUUCACGACGCUUGGCAAAGUUAGCCAGAUGCCGUCUCGUCGAAGGGAUGGCACAGAGAAGAGUCUCCAAGACAUCGUCACGCUGUUGAAGGAGACCGACCCGGACGACGUGCCCGAUUUCGUGGCGAAGGACCUGCACAAGCUUCCUCCCGUCACGUUCGACCACGUAGAUGUCACCAGGCUGCUGAAGGACAUUACACUCCUGAAGCAAAGCCAGGCCGAGAUGCAGCAUCAGCUGGAGGUGUCCAACAACACCAUCAGUGAUCUACGGGCAGAAUUAGUAGCAUUGCGCAAUGCAAUUUCUGCAAGUAGGUCACCUACCGACGGCGACAGAAAUGUGAACACGCGUCGCGGGGCGCAAAAUGCCUCCAUCUGCAGUUUCGAGUCGGCGGGCUCGAAUGCGUCACCUACUGCCGAGAAUGCAUGCGUUGCAACGUGUGCCGCCGCCGUCCCUGCCUCGACAUCGGUAGAGACGAUGACUCGUGUAGGUUCGUCAACCCCCAAACGAGCCUACGCAGCAAUUGUAGCCGCUAAGAAGCCUGUUGAGUCACAAAACUCGCAGGUUAAAAUAGCGGAUACCACAAAAGGGGGUAAGAAGAGCCGAUCGAAACCAAACCAGGUUUUGAGAAGGCAGGGUCCCAAGGUCGACACGUGCGACAAGGAUGGUUUCGUCAAGGUCGAGAAGAGGAAGAAAAAGAAACCUCCUUGUCGGAACCAGUGCGGUACUGCGCUGGCGGGGCCCAAUAUGCUGCUGCGUCCAGCUAUUCCGACGACGCAGCUGUACGUGUCCAGGCUGCACCAUUCCACGAAGGUUGAGGAGGUCGUGGAAUAUCUGCGCGUGAAGACCAGCUGGACCUUGAGGGUCGUGAGGUUGGAACCGCGUCACAACACAAAUUUUAACUCGUUCGUGGUGCGUGUUCCGACACAAGGUCUCGAGAAGGUCCUCAAGGAAGAUUUUUGGCCGAAGGGUGUUCUGUACCGCCGGUUUCGUGGCCGGCUACGUGACACCAGUCAGCGUAACACGACGCCGACACAUCGUGUGCAUUAGUUUUAAGAAUAUUUGUUAUGUAUUUAUAGUAUGUUUAAGUUUUUAUAGAUAUAGUAUUGUAUAUAUAUAUUGAUAUGGUGAAUUUUUAUGUAUUAGUUUAUAAGUAUUGUAAUGUGCGAUAUAUGUGUAUUUGUAUUUUUAUGGGCCCUAGUUGCCUGAAAUAAAGGAAUAAAUAAAAUAAAAUAAUUGAUAAGUAUAAUUAUGGUAUCCAGAACAUUCUCAGGUGCGCCGUGUCAUAUAAUGCACGCGCUGCAGUUUUGAUGAUGAUGUCAUGUAGCUCACGUGUGGCAACAAGCAUAUUUUACAUUGGGUAUCCUGUGUCUUUCUGUGUAACUAACGGAUAUGGCUCUGCCGAAUAGAUAAUAACAUUCUUUAAUAUUAAUAUAAACAUGUAUUAGGUUUUAAGCAAGACCAUUUAUUUGUAUUCGGAUAUAUUUGAGAUCUUUGUUUACCUAUGAUUAUCUUUUAAAUUGUCUAGAAAAAGUGUGAUGUUAAUAUUUAGUUUGAUUGCCUUAUCCGGAAGUAUGAAAAAUCUCUUGUCACCUUAGAGUGCAAGGAGGUACUUUGCCUGUUAAAAAAUAUAUAUAUAAAAGAGUGUUAUCGAAAGAUUUUUGAAUAUUGGUAUAGGAUUGUUUUGAAGACAAGUUUAUAAAUUGCUUGGUAUGUUAAUGGGUUGCAUAAAGUAGUUGGGAAUCGUUUGGUAGGCAAGACUCUGCGCUGACGUCAUCGGACUGAUCACCCGAGAGCGCCCGGCUUGUAAACCAAGUUAUUCAUUUUGUACGUGUUAUAAUUAUGUUGUGUUUAGAAAGUUAAUGUUUAUGAAAAUGUGGUACACAAAAUUAAGAGGUACUAUAAGGACAUAUCCUUCCAUUUGAUCAUGGUGUCGGACGAGCUUCCCUCCGUGAAAAUUGUUGGAAACUAAAAAGUUUUAAACACUGAUCCUUAUAUGAAAAAUAAAGUCGACUUAUUAUAAAAAUGUGUAAUGUACUUCUAUAAAGUAAAGAUGAAUAAUGAGAAGACCUGCUGAGGUCCAAAUAUAAAUGUGUGUACUUAUUAUAUUAAAGAGAAUAUAAAGAUAUGGAUAAGAAUGACAUGAAAGAGUACUGAAAGUAGAUAACGUAAUAUUUUUUUUAAGAAGAGAAUAAAGAUAAUUAUUGUAAUGAAAAGACAUUAAAACCAUGUAUUUGUAAAAAAAUAAAUUGCAGUACGGAAAAUAUAUGAUGAUAGUAUAGGAACAAAGAUUUCUUUUGUUAUAAAAUGACUAAUAUAGGUAAUAAUAAUAAUGUACUUUUAAGAAUUCUGAAGUUUUAUUAUUUUAAUAUAUAUUUUUUAAUAAUUAUUUACUUGAAAUUUGACAAAUGUAAUUCAGUAAUAUAUAGUCACAUAAUAUUGUCAAAAGUGUAUUUCUUUUAAAUUAAAUGAGGAUUAGCUGUAAUAAAUAUGUAAGUAUAUUUUAAAAAUUUGUUCAAUUAUUUUUUUUCUCAAUUUUGAUUAGAGUAUAAUUUUUAUAUUUUCAAAAAAAAAACAUAAAUGCAUUUUUUUUCUUUUACUAUCGGGGGAGGUGUAGUGUGUAGCCGACCUUACUCCCGAUCUAUCUAUAUACAUGUACUUAGUAUUAAGCUUAGGUUAAUGAAGACAGUACAAUAUACGCCUUAGACAUAGCAA